AUGGCAAUCAUAAGAGCUCGUCUUUCUGCUUCUGCAGAGGCACAAGAGCUUCCAGUGCAGACUGCGAACACACUUGAUCGAAUUCCCCGUCCUUCACUCCCACUUACUGAAGACGGUCCCGGCACUCUUUCUUCCUUCGGUCCGCGACAUGACAAUGACAAGAUCAAUUACAAGCAGAUUGAAAUCCUACCCACCGCCGAUGAAAUCCUCGCUGUCAACCGCCCUGUUUACAUGCCAAAGAAAGACUUGCGUACGCACAAUUUCCUACCGAUCGGGCCUACGAGACACCUGGAUCUGCUAUUCAGACAGCUACGAUAUGACAGCACCGAGAGCAUAAGGGACAUCUGCUAUUCUGCAGCUCAGAUCGCAUUCCUUGGAACGACUCUUACAGGCCAAAGUCAAUCUGACGACACCCAAGAACAAAUUCGCCAUGAGACGGUCGCUGGCAACCGGUAUUUCCUCUACCGAGACGUUCGAGUUGAAGAGCUGCUUGCGCAUGAAGCCAAGUCGAUGCUCGUCCGUGUCAGCUAUGAUUGUCCGCCCUUCAUGAGAGGUCGAAAGAUGUACAACAGCCAUCGAUUUCAAGAAGGCAUGCUCGUGGCUCUGAUCAAGCUUGACCAUAUUACAAACCAGUUCUCUGUGGUUUUCUUAGAGGUCAACUUGUCCCAGACAACCUUUUCAAUGGACAGCUUCAAAGGGGGUGGCAGACGGGCAGCUGUACAAUUGGCUUUCCUCCCUUCGAGCAGAUAUGACGAUGUCCUACAACUAUGCCGCCAUGCACUGGGUCUUUGUCAGCAGUGUGAACUGUUCCUCGUCGAAUUCCCGAAAGUUCUCUUCGCUGGAUUCUAUAAUUGCCUCAAACGUUUACAAGAGAUGGAAGACACGGAUUUCGCAUUCCGUCAAUACGUUGCACCAGAUAUGCCAAUGGAUGAGGCGUUGCUCGCAAUGGAACGUAACCUCGCCGCUGGAGGCCCUUCGAUGAUACCAUGCCCCCCUCCAGUUUAUGCAGACUCGCCCACAUUCACUUACAACCUCGGUAAAAUCGUUCCACCCACUAGCCGGAUUGCAUCGAUGUCGCUCCAAGAUCUAUCACACGAUAUAUCUCUCACACGGCUCAAACAAGAGACAAGUUUGGAUGAUGGCCAGGUGACGGCGCUAAGAGACUGCCUGACACGAGAGUUUGCAUUGACACAAGGGCCUCCAGGUUGCGGAAAGACCUAUCUGGGCGUGCAGCUGGCCAAAACACUCCUCGAAUCGCGACCUAGGCCAAAGCCCGUACUGUUGGUAUGCCUCACGAACCACGCACUUGACAGUUUUCUAGCUGAUCUCCGUGAUGCCGGGGUUUCCUCGCUGCUUCGCAUCGGAUCUGGCAGCAAAGUUGAAUGGACAAAAUCCAUCAACAUUCAGAAUUGUAGACGCAAAGUUCGACUGCGCAAGGAGGAUUCCAUGGCGAUGGCUACUUUUAUAAAGCGGAGAAAGGAGACGUUUACCGAGCUGGAUUCGUUAUGCAAAGGACUUUCAUCCCAGUAUCACACUGGAAUUGUCUCGUGGCAGUACGUCCAAGAGAUCUUGUCCGCUCGCUAUCCCCAGAUAUACGCCCAGCUGUCAACAAACGCACCGUCUUCACAUGCAAAGGCUUUCACCUUUGAAUAUUGGUCGGGUGGAGGAGACCUGGAAAACAUCCGCAACUUACACGUCGAGCUCGCCUUGAGACUUGCAGAAGGGUCUAUGCGCCACGGCAAGUCUCCCCCCGAUGAGGUACAGGACAUCCUUUUGGACAUAAUUUACUAUGCUCGCUUGCAAAGCUCCAAGGCUGGAGAUGGCAGCAUUUGGGAUUUGAGUCUGCAAAACCGUCAGCAGCUGCUUCAGAGAUGGGAAGCUGAAGUUGAUCGAGAACACAUGGCCGUCAAAGUGGCUGACCUGCAUUUCGAGCUUGGAGAGUAUGCCCGAGAUAUUAAGCGCAUCAACAACAGUCGCGACCUCAAGAUCAUGGCAACGCAUGAUAUCAUUGGCAUGACCACAACAGCAUGUGCAGCGCGGUGGGAGCUUCUCCGUUCUAUAGAAGUCGAGACUCUCAUCUGUGAGGAAGCCGCCGAGGUCAUGGAGGCUCAUACCCUGUGCUCCUUACUCCCAACUCUCCAGCAUGCCAUCUUCAUUGGCGAUCCACUGCAACUGCGGCCGGAAGCUACCGAACCCACCCUCAGCAUUGAGAAUCGUGUCGGAACAGAUUAUCGACUGGACGAAUCAUUGCUGGAGCGUCUGAUGUUCCCCCGCGACCCCUCUGCAUGGGCGAUGCCCACAAGUCACCUGAAUGUUCAACGCCGUAUGCACCCCGAAAUUGCGGACCUUGCCCGUCUCACAUAUCCGUACCUCAAAGAUCAUGUUUCGACCCUCUCCAGGACUCCAUCCUACGGCUUCGAGCACAGAAUGUUCUGGUGGGAUCACCGAGUUCCCGAACUUGCCUGUGACGAUUUGAAAUCGCACGUUAACUUGCACGAAGUUGAGAUGGUGGCAAGCCUCGUUGAAUACCUGCUCCGCAAUGGCGCAUACUCCCAAGGUGAAAUUGCGGUCCUGACCCCGUACUCUGGCCAACUGGCCCAACUGCACGAGCGGUUAUCCAUCACAUGUGACAUAUGGCUCAGUGACAAGGACAGAGAAGCGUUACUUGACGAAGAGUUGCUUGCUCUGGGCGAAGAAGGUAGAGCAACCAAAGAUGAAGUCGCCAUCUCUGACAUGCUAAGAGUUUCCACCGUCGACAAUUUCCAAGGCGAGGAAGCAAAGAUUAUUGUGCUCAGCACUGUGCGGAGUGGAGGUCAGGCCGGUUUCCUCAAAAUCACGAACCGAAUUAACGUCGCUUGCAGCCGGGCUAGGAACGGGUUCUACAUCAUCGGUAAUUCCCAGACCCUGUCCCAAGUCCCAAUGUGGAGGCGGGUCAUCUCAACCUUCAACGAUGUGAAGCGAAAUGUCAUCCACCAGCACUCCACUCACGCUUGA